CGCGUUCCACAUGUUUUCGUCGCCAUGUUGAAACACUAUAGCGUGAAUGAAUUCGAGGGCGUUUUAUAAAAUUAAUUUUACUUUUUUGUUUCAAGGUUUAGUUUAAAUCACAUAUAACGUGUUAUCAACACGUUGUUGCAAACAAUGGGGAAGCGCUAUUACUGUGACUACUGCGAUCGCAGCUUUCAGGACAACAUGCACAACAGAAAGAAGCACCUAAACGGGGUCCAACACCACCGAGCAAAGAAAGCCUGGUUUGACAACUUCAGAGACGCUCCUGCAAUCUUAAAAGAAGAGCGGGCAAAGGAACCAUGCAGAAAGUUUCUCCAAACAGGGCAGUGUGUAUUUGGUAUAAACUGUCGUUUUUCACACAUGUCCGAGAGGCACAUGAAGAUGUUGGAACAAAAGAUUGAUGAUGAAAGGCGACAGAAGGAAUUUCCUGAGCAAGAUGGAUUAUCAUCUAAACGCAGCCUUGAUGAAUGGCUUUCCAGAAGAAAAAAGAAACAGGCUGCCUUGACAUCAGGAAGUGUUUUAAAGAUGGACGAAGAAGAGUGCCUUGAAAACAUUGAGAUACCUCCGUACCUUCUGUCUAUUCCAGAUCUUCCUCCAUCUCUCCAUCCCCCACCAACUGGCGGUUGGAGAGUGAGCUUGCAGAAUGAAUGGGGUUGAUAUGGAAUGUAUAAAAAUCAUUUUACAUUGUGUAUUAAUGACACAAGUGUGUUAAAAUCCCAGUGACCAUGCUGCUGUUUUUAUAUACAAUUUGUAAAUAAUGGUGCAAUAUUUACAUCAAAUUGCAUAGUAAAACCAUUUGAGAUUUAUUUAUUGUGCAUUUGAUUUGAUUUUGUGCAAAUAAUAGCGUAGCAUGUACUUGUGUUCCUUUAUUUGCAACACCUCUGGCAUGAUGCAAUAUUUUAAUAGAAAGUAGUUUACAUAAUAGUUUCUUUCAUUUGCAGUGUGUCAAGAAGUUUUCACCGAAGACAUGGAUGUGAAAUAUUACAGUGUGUACACAUCCUGCCAUUAUAGGCAUACUGUACUAUAAUGUUCAUAGAUUUGCAGAUUCGUGUUUUGCUGUUGAAGUUUGAAUAAAUGCAGCUGGAGACUUAUA